AUAAGCUCGCGAUCACGAAGAAGAAGUAAACCCGCGAUACUGAAGAACGUAGUUUUAGUUCAGAGUAAUAACGGAAACUGGGGCUGAUUUUAAGCAAUAUUAUUCUUGGACGUGAGUAAUACCCGCCGGAAACAUGAAGCGUGUUUGUAGAUGUUCGGGAGCGACGUUAUAACCGGAUAAAACCUCCACAGUUUAAAUGUGGGACACUGAGAAGCUGCUUCGUGGUUUGUGAGGAAAAGUCUGAGAAAAUGGAGGAAAGUGCGAUGGAACCGGACUCAGUGGAGAUGUCUGGAUCCGGACCGAAUCCCGGGGUCGCUGAAGCCUGGGAAACCGUCACUGCGGCGCUGGUGUCUCCGGUAAGCUCGGGGUCGGAGCAGAGCCUCUCAGACCUGCUGGCCCUGCUGAAUGAUCAGGGUCUGGGCCGGCUGCUGGGCAGCUGGCUGCUGGAGACGCUGCAGAUGCGUCUGUCUUCCUGUGUGGUUCCCGAGUUCUGGUCUGGCCUCAAGCAGCCAGAGAACGAGAUGGAGGAGAAGGACAGGGUCUGGGUUCUGCUCACGGCUUUCAGGACUCUGCUGGACCGGCUCGAACCUUUUCUGGCUGGCUUGGAGAAGCUGGGGGCGUGGCAGGAUGAGGGCCGUGGAGGUCUGUGUGGCCCAGGAUCCAAAGCCCUCAAGCAGCGAGCCUUCACCACCAUCAGGGCCCUCCUCCUCUUCUCCCCGGCUCCCGUCCUCCAGGAGCGAGUGCUGGAGUUUUACAGCCGGACCUUUUCUGUCUACAUGAACCGGGAGGGGGGCAGCGAGGACGCCACCGAGGCUCCCGAUGGCCCCGAGGGCGGGGCCUGCCGGGGCUGCUGGGUUCCCGUGCAGCAGUGCUGGUGUCAGCAGGCCCUGGAACACCUGCAGGAGCUCAGCCACAUCCUGUCGAAGCUGCAACUGCUGGAGUGGGUGAGCUCCGAGGCCGUCACCACCAUCCUCCACAAGCUCAUCGAGAUGCGGAUGGAGCAGCUGUGCCGGGGCGAGUACGAGCGCUCCUUCCUGCUGGAGUUCCAGGAGUGGUUGGAGCUGGUGCUGGGCUGGCUAGCUAAAGUAUUUGCCAGUGAAGUGGACGGAGACGCCGCUUCGCUCCCAGUGGCCCCCGGCGGUCUCGGCGUCCAGGUGGUCCCGGGCGGCGGCUCAGUGCUGAAGCAGUGGAGGUGCCACAUGCAUCAGUUUUUCUGCAGGAUCUACGUCAACAUGAGGAUCGAAGAGCUCUUCAGCAUCAUCAGAGAUUUCCCAGAAUCCAAAGCUGCUAUUGAGGAUCUGAAGUUCUGCCUGGAGAGAACCAAUCAGAGACAGCAGCUCCUUACUUCGCUCAAAUCUGCCUUCGAAAGCCGCCUGCUGCACCCGGGCGUUCACACGUCGGACAUCCUCACCGUUUACAUCUCGGCCAUCAAAGCGCUCCGAGAGCUCGACCCGUCCAUGGUCAUCCUGCAGGUCGUCUCCCAACCGAUCCGCAAGUACCUCAGGACCCGGGAGGACACAGUGAGGCAGAUCGUAGCCGGUCUGACUGGAGAUGCAGAGGGCUGCACCGACCUUGCCUCUGAGCUGUCCCGAGGAGACCCGGUGACUCUGGAGAUGCAGGACAGCGAUGAAGAAGGCAACGACCCCGAGGACUGGACUCCAGACCCGACCGAUGCCAUGCCCGAUAAAAUGGGCUCGAAGCGCCGCUCGUCCGACAUCAUCAGCCUGCUGGUCAGCAUCUAUGGCAGUAAGGAGAUCUUCAUAGAUGAGUACAGAGGCGUGCUCGCCGACAGGCUGCUGCAGCAGCUCAACUACAACACGGCCAGGGAGAUUCGUAACGUGGAGCUGCUGAAGCUGCGGUUCGGCGAGUCUCACAUGCAUUACUGCGAGGUCAUGCUGAAGGACAUGGCGGACUCUCGCAGGAUCAACAGCAACAUCCGAGAGGAGGAGUCGAAGCUGAGCGAGGAGGAGCAGCCGCCGCUGCCCCUGUCGGCCAUCAUCCUCUCAUCUGAGUUCUGGCCCACGCUGAAGGAGGAGAAGCUGGAGCUCCCUCCUGUCGUCUGCCAGGCCAUGGAGGCCUACACCCACCGCUACGAGAAGCUGAAGGCCAUGAGGACGCUGAGCUGGAAGCCUCACCUGGGCUCGGUCACUCUGGACGUGGAGCUGGAGGACCGCGUCCUCACCAACCUCACGGUCUCACCCAUCCAGGCUGCCACCAUCAUGUACUUCCAAGAGAAGAGUUCUUGGACGCUGGAGGAGCUGAGUGUGAAGCUGGGCGCCCCGAAGGAGCUGGUGCACAGGAAGCUGGCUCUGUGGCAGCAGCAGGGCGUGCUGAGGGAGGAGGCGGGCGGCCGCUUCUACGUGGUGGAGAAGGGUUCGUCGAAAGAGAAGCUGGACAGAGGCGUGAUGCUGAUCGACAGCGACGAGGAGAGGGACUCCAACACCGCCACGCAGUCCGAGCAGAGGGAGGAGAAGCUGCAGCUGUUCUGGGCCUACGUCCAGGCCAUGCUCACCAACCUGGACACCAUGACGCUGGAACGCAUCCACACCAUGCUGCGGAUGUUCGUCGACACUGGACCCGUCGUCACGGAGAUGGACGUGAACGAGCUUGAGGCGUUCCUGCAGAGGAAGGUCAGGGAUCAUCAGCUCAUAAUGUCCGGCAAUGUCUACAGGCUGCCCAAAUCCAACUGAUGACUGUGCUGCGUUCAAGUGCGUCGGGAUAUGUGGAACAUUCCAGCGUUUGUUUUGCUCUCUGCGGGAUUUUUACUAAAAGGGCUCAUGGAGUAAAUAUGGAACAAUUCUAACUUAAAUUUCCUGGAUUUUUCCAUAUGAUGUGAAAGCGGCAUGGAUUUAAAAGAAGAAAAAAGACGAAGAAGAAAAGCAGUGUUUGUUUUUCAAAAUAAAAGCACUUCCACUCCUUUGUUAAGCAUCAGUACAGACAGACUUCAUGCUGCACCUGGAGAUAAAUGUAAAGGUUUUUGGUGAACACUGAUGUGUAAAACUGGUUUAUAAAAAGAAUCAUUUCAAAACCACUUUAGUCUGCAGUUUGUGCCUUUUUCUUACAGCUGCAGUUCUUCCCAAAGUAUAGAACAAACAUUUCAGCCUUUCCAGGUUCUCUCUGAGAGAUGAAAACACGGGAGUUUAUUUUGCAAACCACAAGAGGAAGUUGUCUUUGACAACAAACACCAACACCUGCAGUUCCUUUAAUGUCCAGCAGAGGCUCCUGCAGUGAGUCAGUCCCCAUAGACUCCCAUGUUAAAACUUUACAGCAGUAAUAAAAACGUCUGACACACUAA